GUGCUACCCACUGCCAACCAGUCAGUGCAGACGUGCUGCCUGCUCUGUCACCGGGAGCGCAAGGACUGGGGAGGGCCAUCCCACAAUGGGCUGGUUUCUCCAGGUGAGAGGCUGCCCCCGGGCUUCGUGCCCACGCUCGUCUCGUUAUCCCACACAUCCUGCAAGUCGCAAUCUUGUGGGGGUGGCUCCCACUCCUCUUCCUCCUCCGCCUCCUCUUCUUCCUCCUCGUGCCAUGGGAACUCAGGGGACUGGGACCCGAGCUCUUUCUUGUCUGCUCACAAGCUCUCGGGCCUCUGGAACUCGCAGCACACCAACGGGGCCGCACAGGGCAGCCCCCUCGGGGCCCCCCCUGCUGCACUAGGUGACAAGCAUCCCGGCCUCGCUCUCUCUCCAGAGUGCGCCAACCAGACGCCUGCCAUGGCGCCGAGGCUCAAGGCCUGUCCCUACAGCCACACGGCCUCCCCCACCUCCAGCAGUGCCGCCCCGGGCUCGCCUCUGCCUACCUCACUCGACUUCUGCAAGACGCUGCCGAAGCAGUUCAAAAGCAUGUGCCGGAGGGCCACCCCGCCAGGUGAGGCCUUCCACUCCUCAGAGCAUCAUCAGCACUCGGACCUCACUGCUCCUCCCAACAGUCCUACCGGCCUCCCCUCCCAGCCACCAGCGCUGAUCCCCUCCAAGCAGACGCCUGCCCAUCCGGGGCCCUUUGGCUCCCCACCCCACGUCCCACUGGGCACCUCCACGCAGGCUGCGCUCUUUCCCGCACCCAGCGCACAGGCAGCAGCCCCGAAACCAGUGUCGGAGUCUCCUCCUUCUGGCAUGGUCUCACACAGCCCGGGGUCGUGUAAGAGCCCUCACCUGCCCCCUGCUAACGUGCCGCUGCUGAAGAUGCCUCCUCCGCUGGCAGGCUGCACUCAUCCCUGCAACGGGCACUGCAGUACUUCGCUCAUCCCUCCUCCUGCCUCCCACCAGCUACCCAGCACCAACAGGACCUUUGUCAGUGAGACCCGUCGGGCAGCUGUGGCACUGAGCAAAGGUCCUCGAGAAGAUGAAGCCUGUGGACUUGUGGUUCUGCUCGCCUGCUCCCCUGGCCCUCUCUGGGCUCCCUGUGCCCUAGAAGAGAGCACGCUGAGUCGCGGGCGCUGGUUCCUCUCCGCUGAUAAGCGCUCACUGUGGAGGGCCAGCCAGAAAGACGGGAAGUUCUGCGCCUGCUGCUACUGUGAGUUCUUCGGCCACAAUGCGCCUCCAGCCGCUCCCACAAGCCGCAACUACGCCGAGAUCCGGGAGAAGCUGCGUUCGCGCCUCACCAAGAGGAAAGAGGAGUUGCCACAAAAACUGGGGCACAGCAGCAGCUCGGGAGAGCCCGCUGUGGACCACCGCAACGUGGACGAGCUGCUGGACUACAUCAACAGCACAGAGCCCAAGCCCUUGAACAGUGCCAAGGCAGCCAAGCGGGCACGGCACAAGCAGAAGAAGAAGGUGAGGCUGGGCAGGUUGCAGGAGGGAGGUCAGGGCAGGACUGUGCGCACCCAUGCGCCCAGCCGGGCCAGGGAGCCGGCGGAGGAGAAGCUGCUGGAGUGGCCGGAGCUGGAGCUGGAGCGAGUCAACAGCUUCCUCAGCAGCCGGCUGCAGGAGAUCAAGAACACCAUCAAGGACUCCAUCCGGGCCAGCUUCAGUGUCUACGACCUCAACCUGGAUGUCAACGACUUCCCCAAGAAGGCAGCUGUCCUGGAGCAGAAGAACCUGCUCUCCCACCUCAAUGGCUCCUCUGACCUCAAGAGCAGGAAGAGCCGGAACAAGGUGGAGAAAUCCAAUACCUCGAUUGAUGAUGUGUUCCUGCCCAAGGACCUGGACGGGGCAGAGAUGGACGAGACGGACAGAGAAGUGGAGUAUUUCAAGAGGUGA